AUGGAGGAAGGUCAUAAUCUGAGUGCAGAACCUCAGUGCAGGUUAAAUCUGAUUAUGAAGGAUAUGGUGCGGAAAGUGGUCAUUAAGUUGCUUGAUGCAGGAAUUGUGUACCCCAUCUCUAACAGCAAGGUGCUUGCAAGAUGUGAAGAAACUUAUCUUGUCCUAAACUGGGGAAAAUGCCAUUUUCUAGUGAAGGUGGGGAUUUUGUUUGGCAAUAAGGUUUCUAAGAAAGGGCUCAAAGUUGAUUGUGCCAAGGUAGAGAAGGUGAUUGAGAAGCCUCCCCCUACAGUCUCUGUAAAAGGGAUGACAAAAUUUCCUUGGUCACACUAG